GCGGAGCGGAGCGGUGGCGGCUCUGCGCCCUCGGCCUGCCUUUCACCCUCCCACCCUUCAUCCUCGGCUUCCCGCUCCCUCCCCCGCCCGCCCUGCGCUGCCAGCAGGGACUGCUGCCCGGAGCCCAUCCGAGACCGCAGGUGGUGAAUACUUACUCUGUUGGGAAAUACAGGAGUCUGUGAGCAGGAAGUAUGCCUCCCAAGUUCAAGCGCCACCUAAAUGACGACGACGUUACCGGGUCUGUGAAAAGUGAGAGGAGAAACCUUUUGGAAGACGAUUCAGAUGAAGACGAGGACUUUUUUCUACGGGGACCAUCUGGACCAAGAUUUGGACCUAGAAAUGAUAAAAUUAAGCAUGUUCAGAAUCAGGUGGAUGAAGUUAUUGAUGUAAUGCAAGAGAAUAUUACAAAGGUAAUUGAAAGAGGAGAGAGGCUAGAUGAACUACAGGACAAAUCAGAAAGCUUAUCGGAUAAUGCAACUGCUUUCAGCAACAGAUCCAAACAGCUUCGAAGGCAAAUGUGGUGGCGUGGAUGCAAAAUAAAAGCCAUCAUGGCUUUGGCUGCAGCAAUCCUUUUGCUAAUGAUUAUCACUCAGAUCAUCCUGCACUUGAAAAAAUGAAGUUUACCACCAUCAAAACUAUCAUUAUUUAACAACAGUGAAGAUCAACAGAAAAAUUCAAGUAGCUUUGCUAAUGUUAGUUGAUGCCCAGUGAAAUCAGGUCACCACUGCUGUGCCUGAUGCGUGCCCCUGUGGUUUGUCUGUAACAGAAGCCCCUUCCCUUGCAGCAGUUUGUGAAGAAUGGGUUCCUCCUCAUCAUAACCCAGUGUUAGUGCUGCCUGUGGUCUUUUGAUUCCUUUGUCCUAACAAAACUUACUGGGAAUUGUCCCAAAAUUUUAUAAACUGGGAAAUGUAUUGAUUAAGAGAAGGUCCAGUACUGAUGAUGGAACAUUGUUUAAAAUGGAGAAAGGGUAAUACACACAAGAUGCAGAGGUGCCUGUAAUGGCGUUCCUGUAGACUGUCCCUACAGUCUACUCCUGGGUUCUGUGUUAGAAAGUAAUGUUGCCAUUCUGCUAGCAGAAACUGGCACCUUUCUGUUCUGUAUGGCACGUGGGUGUCCUGUACAUGUAAGCACACACAGGGUGAGGCUCAGAUGUGACAAGAGCCUGACCUCUGUCCUUGUCACUUAACACCUGUUCUGUGUCCUGUCAGCACUGUAGUCCAAACAGACUUGUAUUUACAUCUCAUAGAUAUUUUAUGGCUAGAAAAUACGCAAGAAGUUUUUUUAGUGUUGAAAACAAAUGUCAUUAGAUGUUCUUAGUUGUAUUGAGUCAGAGUGUUCUAAGUUAGAGACCGGACUACUAUCAGAUUUUGUGUUUUCACCUAGAAAUGCUAUUGGAGUCAUUUUUACUUUUCAGUGAGUGAUAGUAAGUGCAUGAGUCAGUCUAAACACAUGAGGGUGGGGGUUGCCAAAUAACAGCAGAAAGGCAGUGGCUCAGAGGAAACAGAAUGGGCUUAUCUUAGUCCAUACAAAUGUGCCUUCCCUUAGACUGACAGGGCCUGAGUUUAUCUUGUAUGUCUUGGUUCUUUUGGUUGGUUGGUUGGUUGGUUUUGUUUGGUUUUGAUUUUGGUUUUGGUUUUGGCUUUAGUUUUG